AGACUAGCAGAGGAGAAGAUAGUAGAUCACCAGGACAAGAGAUUUGAGGACUAUGUCCCUGACCAUUACCACAAGUUCAGGGAUGUAUUCUCUAAAGAAUCUUUUGAUGAGCUACCUGCAAGGAAACCCUGGGAUCAUGCUAUUGAACUGAAGCCAGGAUCUGAACCCUUCAAGUGCAAGAUUUAUCCCAUUUCCCCCAAUGAACAGGCAGAGUUGGAUGCAUUCCUGGAUGAAAAUCUCAAGCCUGGAAAGAAGUCUUUGAAACCAGAUGCUCUGUCCAGGAGGCCAGACCAUGGAAAAGGGGAAAGGGACAAUGAGAAUAUUGUCCUACUCAAGCCAGCCUUUUUCAAGAUUCAGGCCCUCAGGCAAGGUCACACAUUCCUUAUAGGACAGGAGAAGGAACUUCUCAAGCAGAUCAGGAAUUCCAAAGACCUUGAUGAGCCAGUUGUGAAGGCUUUGGAGGAACUGAAGAAAUCAGGCAGCAAAAGGUUGGAAGGGAAUGAAUGGUCAGAAGAACAAGGUCUUAUUCUUUUCAGAGGCAAAGUCUAUGUGCCCAAGGACCCAGACCUUAGAAGAAAGAUUGUGGAAGCACAUCAUGACUCUGUCAUGACAGGUCAUCCAGGGAGAUGGAAGACCUUGGAGCUG